AUUUGAAAUCUUCCGAUAUCGAACGUUUUGAGCUAGUUCAAUUACUUUCGAAGUCGAUUGAUCCCUUGAUUAAUCGUUUCAUGGCCUUGCACAAAUGGGAUUAUUUAUCAAGGGGAGCCUCUCCCUCCCUCUCCAAAAAAAGAAAAAAACACGGAAAUUAUAUAUCUUCAAAGUUUGAAGAUGGCAGGGAAUUUGGGGAAGGAGGAUUCCAGUUCGGUUCAGGAUCUUCAAGAUCCAAGUAUCACCGCUCAUGCAUACACGUUCAAACACGCAGGCUCUGGUCAUAAGCGGCGCCGAGGUUCUGUUCAACCAUCAUCAUCUACAGCUGGGAAGAAACCCAAACCGGAGAUCGACAGAGAUUACCGUGAGAGAAAGAAGAAAGAGGUGGAAAAACUGAAGGCAGAGACGGAAGAACUUAAGAAAAGCAAAUCCCACCUUGAUGGACAAGCAUUUGAGCUGAGAAGGGAUCUGAAGGAAACUAGAGAAGAAAAUACCAAACUGAAGAUCGAGCUAGAGCGUCAAAGUGAUUCUAUACAUAAACUAGAGAAGAAGCUGAUUGCCUCAGGUGAAAAGAUUCAUGCCUUAAAAGAGCAACAUGCACAGGAGAUUCUUGUCUUGAAAGCGGAACAUGCACUGCUUAGGUGCGCGUGCAUCUUAUUGGACAUAGACGUGGGAAAAUUGCUUGAGAACGCCAGAGAGAUGAACAACCCCAUGGAGACACCUGCCACUGCUCAGGCCACCAGCUACUUGGGCAACUCUGACCACUUCGCAUCCUAAAUGGCCUAACUCGGCAAGACAUGUAACAGGGGUAAACAUUUUGAACUGCUAAACCCUUAUUUUAUAUUUUCGAGUUUGGAUUCCCUAAGGCCUCAAACUGUACUGAGAGGCAUGAAUAAUUGAAAGAUUAUGUGGUAUUUUAUCGUAUGGGCUGCGCUCAGCCUAUUGGAUAUUCUCUUUAUUACGUAACCUUAUUUUAUAGUGUUUGUUUUAA